ACGGUACUUUUUCGUAUCGUAGUAACGACGAAGUUGAGAUGUCUUUCCGCGAGAUGAGGUUAUUUACUGAAAUGAUGCGUUCCUUGGGAUACCCGCGCGUCAUUUCUUUGGAAAAUUUUCGAACUCCGAAUUUCCCUUUAGUUGCGGAAAUCCUCAGAUGGUUGGUUUGUCGGUAUGACUCUUAUGCUGACUUACCAUCACGCCUUGACUCGGAACAAGAUCGCGUUUUGUUCAUUAAAUCAGUAACACGCUUGAUUUUUACUAAGGCAUGUAUUAAACUGAACAGCAAAAGACUUUAUCAGGCAGAUGGAUAUGCUGUAAGGGAACUUAUAAAAAUAACUAGGAUCUUAUAUGAAGCAAUGAAAAAUAGCAAUUCCGAGUCCAAAGAUGAACAAUAUUGCCUCAAUGUAACAGAAAUCUUUGAUUUUGAUAAGGUUAAGCAACUUCAAGAGGCUAGAAAUUUAUGUAGUCAACUUGCAUCAUCUGGCGCUUCUUUAAAUUCACUAUUGAAUAAAGAAGUAGAUAUUAAAGAAUUACGUGAGACUUCGUUAAGACGUCAGAUAGAUCGAGAGUAUGUCGAGGAAUCUAUAAAAACCGCCAAAAGUGCUAUCAAUGGUCAAAUUGAAAAAAUGCAAUCAUCACUUGUUAAUAUCACUGCCGAUGAAACCAAUUUAGAUAUGAAAAUUGAAAAGAAACGCAGUGAAUUAGAACGUAAUCGUAAACGUUUAUCUACAUUACAAUCUGUACGACCUGUAUAUAUGGAAGAGUAUGAACAAUUAGAAGAGGAACUAUCUUCACUUUAUACUACUUACCUGACAAAAUUUCGUAAUCUUACAUUCUUAGAAAGUCAAUAUGAGUGUCUUCUGGAUAAUAUUAAUCAAAAUAAUGAGGAUACAGAAAUUACUCUUAAAACUAUAGCUGAUCAAGUGAAAACAUAUUCGUUUAGAGAUGAAGAGAAUCAGAAAACUGUUUCGUAUUGUGAAGAUGAAAAUACCUUUAAGAAUCCAUUAAAUUUAAAAACUAAUGCUGGAGAAUAUGGUAGCUUUGGUGCUGGGGAUGAUAACGAUACGAGUGAUAACGAUGAUAUUGAUGAAGAUGAUGAUUCAGUCAAUGAUCAAGAUAAUCAAAUUGAAAAUACUGAAGAUAUCGUUGCAAAUGAUAAUUCAUUUCAUCAAAGCAGUAAUGGAAAUACUAUAAAACGUGGACUUGCAAGAAAUCAACUCAAGCCUGAAUGGUCUCCUGGUCGUCAACGUAUUUCAGGUGCGAGUUAUCAUGGUAGAAAUCUAAGUUCGAAUAACAGUGAUGAUUUUCAAAUAAAUGAAGGGAGUUAUCGGUCUACAAAUAUGGAUGAACCAUUGUUAACAAAACGAUCACAGAAAAUGGAAAAUCGGGAUAGUUUUUAAGCAGUCCAUUGUGCCGAAUACAACAAUUUCAAGUGUUCUGUUCAUCUUCUAAAGUGUGAUUAAGUCUUUCAAUUCCGUCUCCAAUAGAUCAUAUGAUAAUUAUCCAACAACAAAUGUUGAAAAUGAAAAGCAAACAUAUUUGAAGCAUGCACUUCAAUCUGAAGAAAAUGAACACGAUGAUUUUUGAGUGAAUUAUGAAUUUGCUAGUGAUUUAUUUAUUUCCAAAAACUGUAUAAUAAAAAGUUAUUACGAAAAGAAGCACUUCUAGUGUCGGUUAUUAUGUUUAGCCCAUAUACCUUAUUCUAGCUUUCGGACAGCUCAGUCUAUUCAUCCUACUUGAGUUACAUUCUGACCUUGUUAAUUAUUCGUUUAUCAAUCUUGAAUGUUUUUAUAGAGCGUAGGUGUGUGUACAUUUCUUGUCCCAUUCAUCACAUGUCUGUAACUUAUUUUCGCGUAACUAUAAAUAUUGAUUAAUGCUUGACUAAAUGGGAGUUGGUUUACCAGCCAUCUCCACUGCGCGUCGUUUUGCUUUGUUCUAUUCUAUCCGCUUUAUAUACAAAUAUAUGUAUUCAGAAG